AUGUCAGCCGCUGCACCUCUUACAAACGAAUUAUCCUCGGCCUUGGAAGCCAAGUUCAAGGAGCUCUGCGAUACAGAGGUAUUCUGUACUCAAUCCUGGGGGUUGACUGAGACUUCCCCAAUGGCAACUGCUAUCCCUAAUGAUCGCAUGGAUAAGAGGGAGUCGGGUGUCGGGUGUAUCACGUAUAAUAUGGAGUUUCGCUUCGUUGAUCCUGAAACAAUGGCAGACGUAGCAAUUAAGUCGUAUAGAUCGACAGAACCUGCCGAAAUUUGGUGUCGGGGACCCAAUUUCCGUACCGGCGAUAUUGGAGCCAUCGAUAAGGAGGGAUAUAUCGCUAUCCAGGAUCGCAUCAAGGAAAUGAUCAAAUAUAAGGGUCUGCAGGUUAUCCCUAGUGAGCUAGAGGGAAAACUGAUCGAUCAUCCGGACAUUGAAGAUGCUGGGGUGGUCGGUAUGUAG